AUGAGUGACGGAAGAGAUUCUCCUGUGAACCAAGAACGCAACACCGAGAUCCCAGAAAAAUACACUUGCUCAGUGAGGACAUGUGAAGAUGACUUCCGCCGUCUCUGCUUGGAAGACCCUGAACGCGUACCUGGACAGAUGAAGAAGGAGAGGGAUGAUCAGGUUGUUAAUACCGCCGGUGGCUACGUUUUCGCAGUGAGUGACGAGUCGAGAGUGCGUAGAUUCAUCAUUCUUGGAACUGAUGGAGGAACUUAUUACAGUACGGAACAAGAGCUUACCGUUAACAAUGUUGAGGCUCUUAUCAAGAUAAUAGAGAAAGGUCGUGGAAGUAUCAUUCUGAAGGAGGUCUACGAAGUGUCACUUGCCGGACGAAAUCCAAAACAAGAUCCUCUCUUGUUGGCACUCGCUUUAUGUGCAAGGCAAGUGUUAUACUUGUAUAACGUUUCCGACUUGGCUGCAAAAGGGUCCGAAUCUGGUGGAGGAGACGCUGAUAAACUGAGGAGGAAAUAUUUGAAUGAACUCCAUAAGUCUGCCUUCAGCAUUGUGAAUGAUGUGAGUACUUAA